AUGGAACCGUUUUUAGUAUUAUUUUUACUCCUAAUUACAACACUGUGUAUUUUGGUAUACGUUUAUCUUACAUGGAACUUUAAUUAUUGGAAAAAGAGAGGUGUUUUGGGUCCAGAGCCAUUAAUCAUCUUUGGGACACUACCAAGUGUUAUAAAACAAAAUCGCCAUUUUGUUUUUGACAUGGCAGACUUAUAUGAAAAGUACAAAAAAUGUGGCGAAAGUUUCAUUGGAAUUUUCAUGACACGAAAUCCAAUGAUUCUUGUUUUGGAUACGAAACUGGUUCGUGAAAUUCUUAUCUAUAAUUUUAAAUGUUUUCGUGACAAUGAAGGUGCAUUAUGGGUUAAUCGAAAAAAUGAAAAAAUUGCUGGUAGAAAUCCGUUUUUAGCAUUUUUUGACGAAGAUUGGAAAGAAAGACGAAAUGAUUUUAUGGGUGGCAUAAGUCCCAGCAGACUUAAACAAGCAUUUCCAAUUGUAACUCAAACUGGACAUAAAAUGACCGACUUUAUAAAAGCUCAAAUUUCUAAGUCAAACAAGAUCAUCGAUGCAAAAUCGCUUUCUUUCAAAUACACUGUUGAAAUCUAUGCAAACUUCGUUUGGGGUAUCGAUACUGAUGCUUUUAAGUGUGUCGAUGAUGAACACAAUGUUGUGCUGAAUAUGUCGUCUUUGUUUAUGGAUUUAUCCUUUUUAAAAGUUGGUCUAGUCAAUAUAUCAAGUUUGAUGCCAGGAUUGAAGAAAUUGCUGAAAAACCGAUUCUAUGCGGAGGAAACUGAUAAUUUCUUCACUCAACUUCAGAAUGAUGCUGUCGAUAUGCGACUUCGAAAUAAGAAUAAUCGAUCUGAUUUUCUCAAUUACAUGCUCGAAUUGCAGAGGAAAAAGAACAUAAGUCACGUUGAUAUGGUGGGCCAUAGUUUGACGGUGUUACUGGAUGCGUUUGAUACAGCUGCUAUUGUGAUAUAUCACGCACUUUACUUUUUAGCUAUAAAUCAGAAGGCCCAAACCAAGUUGAGACAAGAAAUUUUAGCCAACCUGGACGAUAAAGGAGAAAUCAGUUACAGGGCUUUAAUAAAUCUAGAAUACCUAGAUCAGUGUGUUAAUGAGACAAUACGAAUAGUCAGUCCAAUUCCGGAUUUUUCAAAAAUUUGCACCGAAACAACAUAUUUUGAAAACUGUGAAAAUAAACGAACGAAAAUCGAUCGAGGAAUGAUUGUUCACAUAUCAGCUUUUGCCAUUCAUCAUGAUCCGGAUAUUUAUCAUGAUCCAGAAGAAUUUAUACCUGAACGUUUUGAUGGUGGAAUUGCAAAAGAAAUGACUCAUAAAGGAUGCUUUUUGCCAUUUGGUGAUGGACCACGAAUUUGUGCUGGAAUGCGUCUUGGAUUGUUGGAAUGUAAGGCUGGAGUUUUUGAAAUUAUUAAAAAUUUCCAGUUAAAUUGCUGUGAGCAAACUCGAAAGGGGAAAUUUAUUGACACAGAGUCUCUUAAUGUCGGUGUUGAUGGUGAUAUAUUUUUAGAGUUUAAGGAAUUAAAAUAA